UUUGCUAUUCAAAAUUCAGUUUGCUCGCGAAUCUCGUAAUGAGUGGAUCGUUGUUUCGAAUUGAAGGGAAUGCGGUGCUAAAAUAGUGAUUAUGUGACAAGCGAAGCGAAGAAAUCGAAAACAGAACUCUACAUGCAAUGGAUGAAACGAAAUUGAUAAAAAUUGUUCUUCUAAGUAUGCUAUGCCAGACAACUCUGGGACGACCGUUCUCGUUUCCGGACGGCACUCGGGCAAACGGUGAAUCACGAUCAAGACAGGAACAACACCUCGAAGGCCGCAGCAUCCGAGGUGGUUACAGUCAAGACAAAACCCCGGACAUCUACAGCCGGUACAACGUUUACGAGCACGAAGCCGAAGAGGAAUAUCGGAGAACAUCGACUACAUUCCGACCGUAUGUUACCUUCAGUACAACUAGGCAGGCACACAAUCGGGCGCCGAAUGCUCACUUCAAUAGACUUCCGCCGGCGAAGAAUGACGAACCGAUAGAGGCGGAGUCGGAUGAUGAUUAUGAUGACGGAGAUGCCCAGGAUGGCGUCGACCCACCGCCGGAAGACGCCGCGGAAGAUUUCAGCAGUAGCAGCAAUGGGGGUGUUGGCAGUAAACCAGUCACCUUCAACAAUCUGCUGUAUAACUUCAACACCGAUAAAUUCGGAGGAUUGGGUAACCUCUUCGGCGAGAACAGACACAAGUACAAACACAAAUUCAAGCGGCGGAGACCCGGUCAACCGUGCAUUCCGUAUGAUCUCUUCAACCGUCUCAGAACCGGGCGCGAUUCCAACGGUAAUCGAAUCGAUCCGAAAACUUUGAUUCCACCGCUGAACCUGGUGCUGGCCGAUGUGAACUACUACUCUCCAUCGAAUAACUACAACGGCCAUGGGGUGGCCUCGGACCACACAGGUUCUGCAGGUAACGGUGGAGCCGUGUUCAACAACCAUUUCUACGACGCCGUCGGAGGAUAUCCCUGCACGGGUGGAUACAAACCGAUCCACAGGCCACAUGGAGGUCCUUUGGGAUUCUUCGGACAGGGAGGACUGUUCGAUUGGACCUCGUCAGCGGAUUCCGUCCAAAGUGAUCCCGGUGAGGGUGGAACGGGCAACAAACCGGCUGUGGUGUUCAAUCUGAACGAUGCCAUCGAUACAGUGGCAACAAACUGGAGACCUGGGGAGAGCUUCCAAAUGAUGAUGAAAGUGAUAGCAGAGUUCAUAUCGUCCGUUGCGGGAGGAGCUCCGGUUGCUGCUGGAGAUGCUGUGGGAGACGCCGUGGAUACCGUUCGGAAGGUUAACAAAGAGUUUGUCAGUCUGUUUGCUUAGAAUACUCAUACGUACCUAUUAAUAUACACUAAACGAAACAAAAA